AUGACCGACUCGGGCACGGACGCCCGAGGGAGCACCAGGGAAGAGACAACACGUUACAAGCAGCACCAUCCAGUGCCGACUAAGAUGUCGUACAAUACGGAGGGAGUGUUAGCGCGCGCGCGAGAAGCGAGCGAACACGUGUCGGCCGGCCGCGGUCCGGCGGGGCUUGCCCCGUCGGCCGCCCCGCCAUCAGCCGACACAUCUACGACGGACCGACCCGCGGUGGGGGGAAGUAUUAGUACCCUUGCCGCGGAGAUGCCCCUGGACGAAGAUAUGGAUUAUUGCACGGACUCUGGCGACGCCUCCGUCACCGGUAUUGUUGAGAAGACAUCGCAGCACAGAAGAACUCGCCGCGAUCGUACGUCUGGACAGCGACAAACACAACAUGAAGUGACCUCCGACGGCUUCCUACAGCCGCCUUUAAAGAAACAGGCACGGCCACAAACAAUUGUUGCCCGGGAAUUGGACGUUUCAAAUCGUUACCAACCUCUCCAGGGGGAGGGAGCGACGCUAAAUGAAGCCACAACGUCCUUGGCGGAUCAACAGCAGCGCCCAGCGGCACAACAACGUGCGGGAGAAGAGGCUCCGCCCCCCAUGGACGACCAACAGCCACCUUCGCAGGACAGCUCACAAGCUCCGUCGACGGCCCCACACAGGAAGGUGCCACCAAUUGUACUGCGCUUCAAAGAAAGCUACAAGCAGCUUCACACAUGGCUGAAGACGCACUGUAAGCAACCUUUCACAGUGAAGCAAGCUGGAGGAGGCACCCUGAAAUUACAACUAUCGUCCACAGAGGACUGUACGCUUACUGUAGACGAACUCGGGCGGACAGGUAUCGCCAUGUACACGUUCCCGGCUGUCCGUCCACCAGUUCUCAAGACGCUCGUUAAGGGCAUUCCAAUGUCAUUGAGCCAUGUAGACGUCAAAGAAGAGCUGCGCGACCUUGGAUUCGCCGCCUCACUUGUGCAACAUCAUAGGAUGCCUGGCACAAACCAACAUACCGGACAUCGAGUCGUAAUAUUGCCAGACAUCCCAGGACAUCGUGACAUCUUCAAGCUAAACAGAUUUUACGAUCUCUCGAUCACUAUUGAGAGAUUGCGGAGAACGCGUGGCCCCGUUCAGUGUUACAGGUGCCAAGGCUUCCACCAUGUAGCACGCCUGUGCACAAUGGACUGGGUCUGCGUAAAGUGUGGCGGCCCACACGAUAGCAGAACCUGCACCAAGGCCAAAGAACAGCCUCCCACAUGUGGACUCUGCGGCGGGCCUCACCCAGCCAACUUCAGAUCAUGCGCAAAACACAAGGAAGGGAGCCGACGCAACGUGGUCUGCCGCCUGUUCCACCUAAGAAGAAUUUUCACGGUGGUAGACGCCGCCAGCAGCUGCCACCUCCGCCACCGACUCCACAACCCACCACUGCACAGGCUUGGCCUACACUCAUGGAUCGCCGCGCAGCCAAGAUAA